GCUCUUUAAUCUCCUGUUUAUUUGUUCAAGGUACAACAAAGUCAUGUUCAACCGUGAUCCUUAAAUUAGCGCUAUAUAAACCUUUUGCGAUGAAAUACAUCAACAGAGCCGAAAUAUUUCUGACUAGCUCUUUAUAAAUUUCCUGCAUCAAGAUAUUCGUGCAGACACCAGCUCAUACUGAAAAAUUCUGCACGAAUUUUCAUAACAGGUCUUAAAGGCUUGAAGUAACAUGACACUCCGAGACUAGUCCAAAGUCCAUUAAGUUUUAGCACAAAAAAAAGAGAAAGUCUUGUUCCUAAAUUAUUAUGGCGUCAGAUCUGAAAUAGCAACAACUUGUUGCUUUCUCACACCUGACGCCAUGGUAGUUAGCGCCGGGUUAGACUAACUAAGCUUAAAAGAGCAUAAUUUUUUUUAUCAUCGAGCUCCUGUCGCUAGGCUAUGAUAACUUCAAGCUUCAACGCUUAGUCAGUGUUAUGUUUUUCCAAGGCACCUCGGCCAUUCGAGUCAUAACCGUUAAGAAAGAUUCAGAGACCGCGACUGUCACCCUUGUCGAAGCAAUUUCAAAGCCUGACGCUUGUAUAACACUAAAAAGCAUUGGGGUCUUGUGCAUCAGUUGUGAGCUUAGAAAGCGUCGACAACAACCACAAAUCCAGCCAAAAAUUGUUUCAUGAGGAGUUUCAGAGUUCAUGCGAACUUAAUGGCGAAUGCCUUAACAGAAUCGAAAGACACCGAUCUUCACUCUAUGUUCCCAUUUCGCUAAGAAUCAAGUCACAUUUCAGGUUCCUUUAACAAAAGUAAAUUUCAAAUCUACAAAAGCUUGCAAGAUUCAGUCUACUCGCAGAACUGUGAGGAUCUUCAAAGUGCACAUUAUCACGUGGAUAGACGCUGUCAAAGGACGUCAAAAAUGGUAUUCAACAAGAUAUCUUAUUGUCUAGUGAGAGUGCCGGGGAAGAUUCAUAACUGUAUCAUAACAGCUUGAGUAGUCCGAGGCUGCAUUUCUUUUAGCACUAGUGUCUCAGGAGUUUCUUCUGGAGUAGAUAAACGCCAAGAGUUUUUGACAGGGUGGAUUGGUUUCGAAGUUUUGGAGAAGAAAGUGGAACUUUCAGUUCAGUGACAGUUUUGGAAUGGGAACUACAGAGAUUAAGCGAGAACAAUACGAAGACGUGGUAAACCGCGUUAAUCGAACCACAAUAGAGAAGCAAGGAAACCACAGCGACAAAGAAGAGAAGCCAUAAGCUUGUCCUCAAACUUUCAUCGCAAAUGAUGAGGAAUUUUAGCAUGCAAGGAAGUUGAACAGAAUAACUUUUUUUAAGCAACCAACGUGACUACUAUUAAGAUUGUUUCGAACAUUUCUUGCUGCCAAAUACUUGCUAGGAAUGUGCUAUUGUCCCUUAAGGGACUGUCACUAAAAAUGACGCUGAAGGAAUGACGUUUUGAAGUAUCUAAGUAUCAAACAAUAUUGUCAUUUCAGCAUGAUUUAGAACCAUUGUGUCCUGUUUGUGAGUUAUUUGUUAGCGAGUCAAUUUAUUCUUACGGGAGUGGAAUGCCAACUCUUACCUGAAACAAAAACAAAACGCUUUGAUAUCCAAUAUAAUCUCGAGAAUUUCAAUAUUCGUGCAUAAAAGCUGGUUGUACAUGGUUGUACCUUACGAACAAUGCAUCACACUUGGCGUCGAGCGGACGUGUUCAAAAUGAUUACGUCUCAGACUGAGCGACGUUUUUCCGGUGCAAGUAAUUAACAAAUUUGGUCGUUUACUUAGAUACGGCCUUACCACAAAUUCCCUUUGUCUUAUUGUUCAUAGCAUCCAUCUGCAGCACGCAUUCUGUCACAGAUAAUCUCUUUUGCCAUUAAAAGGGCUUCAAAACAAGACCUCCCAUUAAUAUUUAACCAUUAAAAUUGAUGGUAAGAACGCGAGGGGUCGAUCUGCCCAUUUUGGGUUAUAAUUUCGAAUUGUUCAACAAAUUAUGUGACGUCGAUUUGAUGCCAAACUUCUUUCCUCCCGUCGAAUCGAAGCAAUGGCAGGAAAUUCAUCACAAGCAGAAUCAUUUACUGCACAAACUUUGGUUCCAAUUACGAACGUCAGUUUGUUGUUCACUGAUGACAGUUCGUCCAGUCUAAUCUGUUAAUUGUUGCUAAUCCCGGAAAGUUUUGGUAAUUGAAACAAACUGCUGGCCAAUAAAGGUUGGUAUCAUUACAAUACAGAUGUACCUCGGGGUCAUAAUUUGGCCUGCGGUGAAGGAGAGCAAUUCUAAGGAUAGGAUCCAUACUGAAAGUACACUUUUGGCAAAUUUUUACAUCGUUAUGGCCCAGACUAUACUCGAAGGUCAGUUGAAUGCUUGGGUGAUCUAGCCUGAUAGAUUUGAAAUUUAUCUCUCCUUGAUAUCAAAGGGUGGUUUUUCCUCCUGCAAGUAUCUUGUUGAAGUACUGCCUGUCUGUGGAUUGGUCAGCAUAAAAGAACUACAAUGCGGGAGUGGAUGUAUUUUUUCCUGUUUUAUCAGUCUUCACGGUGGAAUUUCCGUAAUUCAACCUUUUGUUCGUAUGGAAUAUCUUUCUGAAGGCUUCGAUUGUUCCGUGAACUAUUUAACAUUCGUGACAGUGGUGCAGAAGUGUUGAAGGCUCCAAGGCAAGAGAGUGAUCACUGAUGCCAUGAAAAACUCAACCGACAAAAGUUGAAAAGAACGUCAUCCAGGAGAGUCAUUGAGGAAUAAUCUUGGGUCAUUAGCUCAGGGUCGACUUGCUUCAGUGGACUUCAGAGAAGACACUGGGCUACUCAAGAACUUGGACUGAGAAGACUCCGUUCGAAUGUGUAACCAAACACCUUGAACAUAUGUUCGCCUUUUAGCUCAAACUCUCAAGUCUGAAAUUGCUGAUAAACACUUAUCUGACAGAUGAUGCGAUAAUUCUCAGUAAUGAGUCUUCACUAAUAGGGUCCAUUAGAGAGUUGUUCUCUUCCCAAGCCGUUUUUCGAGACCGACGCAGUUUUCAGCAUCGUCAUUCGAAGGAGAUCGUGCUGGGAACGAAAGAUGUUGAUCGCUCAGCUGUGGUGUUUACUCUUUGGAGCAACGAUAUGCGCAGAAGUAAGAUCCCUCUCUUUGAGUCAUUCUGAGGACAACAUACGUUCGGAAUUAUUCAAAGGAGCAGAACAAGCCAUGUUGCAAAAGAUGGGCUUACAAUCCCGCCCCAGACUAAGAAAGGGAGAAAAAGACGAAGUACCUCAGUAUAUGCUCGACUUGUAUCACAAUCACAUCAAUGAUCCAGAAUGGAUUUCUACCAAUUUUAGAAACAAGGGGAAAUGGACCUUUGCCAAUACCAUCCGGGCAUUUGAUCAUGAAGGUGACCAUCUGCCUGUUCCAAUGUCAGGAUUGCCGACAAACCGAUGGAACCUCUUCUUUGACAUUCGUUCUCUUCCCAGUCAAGAAACCCUGACAGCAGCAGAACUUCGUUUGACGUUUUCAGGCGGAAAGAAUCACUCCAACGAAACCGCUCCAGUAGUCCAACAACUUGUGGACAUUCAUCAAGUGAUGUUACCGCAAACAGCUGGGCAUCCGGCUAUAACUCGUUUGAUAGACACGAGAAGAACGACUGGUCAUGGAAUAGAAAUUUUUGACAUUAAACCAGCAGUUCAACAUUGGGCACUUAAUCCCGAUGAGAAUUUUGGCCUUGAGGUGCGUCUUGUCACCACUGAUGAAUCUCCAAAAGUUCACAUGAGCGCUGACAAAAGAGCGACAAAAGACACUAAACCACUUCUGGUCACGUUCAGCCACGAUGGGACACAACACGUCUAUCGCCGUCGUAAACGAAGAAGUCGACGGAGCACAGGAAACCGUAUGGCGAAAGACAGCACCUACUGUCAAAGGCUCCCUCUAUAUGUUGACUUUGUAGAGGUUGGGUGGAAUGACUGGAUCGUUGCUCCUCCCGGAUACCCGGCAUUUUAUUGCAAUGGAGACUGUCCCUUUCCAAUCGCAGAUCACUUGAACACCACAAAUCAUGCCAUUGUACAGACCCUUGUAAACAGUGUAAAUGCAGACGCUGUGCCACGUGCCUGCUGCGUGCCCACAACGCUGAAUCCCAUCAGUAUGCUUUUCGUGAACGAGCACACCAAAGUGGUGCUUAAAAAUUACCAGGAUAUGGUGGUAGAUGGAUGUGGAUGUCGGUAAAAGAAGGGAGGAGGAGGAAGUAACAAAUGCUCAGAAUCCCUGAAGCUAAACUGGUGUUAGAUUGCUUCCGUCGUAAGACACAACUGAGGCGAAUUUCUUAGCGAAUGGUCAAGGUCAACCAUAAGAUCGUGUCCAGUGCUGCUGCCAUCGGUCGUGGCUUCUUCACCAAGGUGACCACAACGUGGAACAGAUCUCAGUUUUAAAAAUUGCACGUGCAUUGCCAUGAUGGAUAAUUUAUAAACACAGAAACAUGUGUAUAUAACGACUGUCGACAAUAAUUGAUACGUCGACGAAGUAAAAUAGAAGUCAAUGAAAAAAAAAAAAAAAGGGAUUGCAAUGGAUAUCGAACUCAGUUUUGUAUUAAAUUAGUAAUAAGUAAAUGGUUUUUGACCAUUUCAUUUUUAUAAAGCCGGAUUUUCAUAAAAGACAGAUUAAACAUUUUUUUUAUUUUCCCAGAAGGUAUGCUAAUUUUCAUGGGAAGAUAUGAUCAAAACUUAAAAUUUUUUUAACCUAAUAGACUGGAUACUCCGCAGUAUCAGACAGGAAUUUUUAUUACCACGCCGUAGGUAUCGUUCCUUCCUUCGUAUUACGCCGCAUUCUUCCUAGUAUUUACAAUGAUUUCUGUCGUUAUGUAUAAAAGACUUACUGAUGACAUUAGCUCAGUUUAAAACUAAAAUAAUGUAUAAUAUAUUUAAGAGACGGAGAUAGUUUCCUAGAUGCAAGCCUUUGAAAGAAGUGUAAACUGUUAGAUUACUCCUAAUCAAUUUUUAGUCUCUUAUUUAAUGCCAGGUAGCCUCCAAUAAAAACUGCAACUUGUGUAACCCAUUAGCAAAAUAACUGAACCAGGCCGGUACAAAAACUCUGGUUUAUAGUCUGAUAUUUUCCUUUCAAUCUGAGAUGAUAAUAAAAUAUAAGUGAAGAAUGGA